AUGUAACUCCUUCGAUGUAGAGCGCUAUUUGUCGUAGUUUAGCACUGAAUGAAAAGUGGAAAGUCCAUUUACACAAUUUUUUGUUGAACAAUUUGUUAUACUAAAAUGAUAUUGUGUGGAUCAAGAUUUAAAUUAUAAUAUGGCGGAACAUAAUUUUCCUCGGCAAAGUAGUGAUCCUUACAGCAAUUAUUCUAAAACAGACUAUGCCUUCAGUGAUGCGGACGAGCACAAGUUGUCUACCGAUUUGGAUUCGGCCUUGAGAUUGGACGCCGUUGGACUAAUCAAAUCAGAAGUGCAAGUAUCAUGUCGCUAUGGUAACGACUCCGCGUUCCCAAAUACUACUGUCCCAUACCCGGGUGAACCAUUUCCGGCCAUCCAAGAUGGAAGUUUGCAGUAUCCGCUCUACACCACCACGGGCGUCAAAAGUGAACUGACAGAUGUUCCGUGGCACCAACCGGUCCACCCCGGCCCAUGGAGGCAGCAGUAUAAUGACCCCCCUUCCGUUCCAACGACCAGUGAUCUGAACUCCAUUAAUGAAGUCGAAACCGACGAAGCUCCGUCAUUUGCGCCUACGUAUUUUGAUCACUCUCAACAUGACGCUUUUAACGCGCGCCUGCAGGGGAAGCAUCCACAUCCGGCGGUCACCGGGAUUCAGACGGUUGACGCCAGGGGCGGGAGGCCCUCAUACCCAUUCGAGGACAAACUAAUGAAAUAUGAGGGUGAUGAUGAGAACUGCCCAAGUGUGGGUUCCAUGCAAAAACAUUCAAAAUGGGUGGAAAAUGUACAACACCAGCAAUUCUCGCAGAUGAGCUCGGCGGGCCAGGAAAUGGCGGACAAUACGGUUGUGGAUGAGGAAACCAUGACGUUUGAAGCGGAUGAGUUAGGGGACGGGCCACUGCACACGCUGGUGGCGGUAGAGGACCGGAGGAUUCUUGCACAGGCUCUGGAAGUGCUCGUAAAGACAAACGUCGUCCCGCAGUGUAUCGAUCUCCAGAACAAAUGCAAACAGACGCCAGUGUUUCUGGCCGCUAUGAUAGCCAACUACCCGUACGCCUCAUGGCUGGUGGACCAUGGCGCAGACACCAACAUACAGGGAACCAUUUACACCGACGCGGACAGUUACAUCUGGCGGGCGCCGCUGCACGUGGCCGUCAAUCUCGGGGACGCUUCCGGUCUCCAGAUCGUCAUCAUGCUUCUCAACGCCCCCGUUACAGACGUUAACAUCCGCAGUCAUGGCGACAAGUUGACGGCCCUGCACGUUGCGCUGAAGAAGCACGCGCAGGACGGCUCCUGUCGGCAGAUCAUCAUGGAAUUGUUGAAAAGAGAAGCUGACGUCAAUAUAAGGGAGCAAUCAAGUAGCAAGACGCCGCUUAUGAUGGCGGUGGAGACACGUGACCUUGACCUUAUCACGGACUUUCUGGCAGGCUUCCCCGCUGAACGCCGUCGAAAAAUGCUACAGGAGCAGACUAGAGGCGGUGACACAUGUCUCCAUCUAGCGGCAGGACUUUCCCGCCUGGAAUCGCAGCAGAAGGUCGUCCUACUGCGCAUGCUCGUCACAAACGGAGCCAAUGGCAGCAUUCCUAACAAUGUGAAAGAGUAUCCAAAGGAUUUUGCAAGACAUGAGUGGAACCAGUUGAGAAGAACGUGAAUAGUGAACUCAGUCCAGUGUUACAUAAUGGGAUUGUGAAAAUGGUGGUGAAUUUCCAAGCCGACUUUUGCUCACAUGAUUUCGUUUUCGGGAUAAAGGUCUUUGGAUCACUCAUGACUCUACAACAUUACAUGGAUUACUUAGAAAAGGUUGCACACAAAAAAAGAAGCAGAUAGGGUACCUGUUUCCAUGAAACAUGUAUGCAGUAUCAGAAUAAAAAAAAUCACACAGCAUCAAUCAGAAUUUGCGCAAUAAUAAAACAUAUUUUGUAUAAAUUUCUUGCUGCGAAAUAAGUGAUGUUUUGUCUGAAUUAUGUCUCAUCAAUUAGAUUUGUUAUUUGUUUUGUAACAUGAACAAUUGUAAAUAGGUGCCAGGUAUUCUGAAAUAUGUGUGCGUGUCUGAGAAUCUGCGGUUAGCGGCAUGUGUUUUUCACUUCUGAUAUUAGUUAAACACGCCAAGACAAAAUAGCAGUCUAAUUCUAGGUAUCAUAGUUUAUUAAUUGAUGUUUUAAAAACAAUAAGUUGUAUUAUAUUCUUGUUACAGUAUGUAUAUAGUGUACACAAAGAUAUUGAUGGCUUACUUCAAUUAAAAACGUAUUGAAAUGGGGUCGGUUUGAUCACGGUUCCUUUGACGGCGAUGUCUUGAACAAGCUCAUAGUUUUGAAAAUCGCACGUAGGAUUUUAGCCAUGUCUUGAAAAAUCGCCAUGUUUUGAAAAAUCGUUCGAUGUCUUGAAAAAUCGCUCGAUGUCUUGAAAAAUCGCCCGUAGACUUUUAGCGAUGUCUUGAAAACCCGCUCGAUGUCUUGAAAAAUCGCUCGAUUUCUUGAAAAAUCGCUCGAUAUCUUGAAAAAAUGCCAGUAGGAUUUUAGUGAUGUCUUGGAAAUUCCUAUGAUUCAUAACAAAACCGCCCCAGACGGCCAACGUUAUAAUAUACAUUGAACAUAUUUUUUGUUUUAUAUGAAAUACGUGAUAUGUAUGUAAACAUGAAUAAAUGUGCAUCAAACACAA